AGUAUUGGCUAAUGAUAACAGAAUUGUAAGCAACAGUGCAUUUGCACAUAAUUCUGAUUUUGAAUGGUGUGCAAAGACAAGGUUUGACUAUUGCUUAUGAAGUACAGUUGCAUCAGAGAAGAGACUUUGGACUUUGUAUAACACCUGUUCAACUUAAUGAUCAGGAUCAACAUUGGAGUUUACUUGUUAGAGAACGCUAAGAGCACACAGUCGUAGCAUUGUGGGGCAGACCUGAAUUAGACACAGAAUGUAGUAUAUUUGUAUAUUUUAGGGUCAUACAAUACAUGUGAGGGUUCAAAAUGUAUUUUGUUGUAGUUUUGCUCUUGUUUGGGACACUUUCAUCAGGGAACAGCAGUAAGAAGGAUUUUACUUCUAGAAAAUGUAUCAUAAGUGAAAAUGCGGUUGCCCAACAGAUUGACGGCACAUUGAAAUUCAUAAAGGUCAGUGCGACCAAUACAGCUACGAUGGUGACGACUUCCUGGCCUUUGAUGAUGUCACUAUGCAGUGGGUGGGCCCAGUUGUUAAAGCUCAGCUGAUUAAGAGGAAGCGGGACGGGGUGCAGAUCCUCAACCAGUACACCAAGGUUCUACCUGGGAAGGAGUGUGUGGACUGGCUUUCCAAAUUCAUGGCAUAUGGGGACAAAGAACCAAGGCUAAUAAGGACUGUGGCCGUGUCCUCCAUCUUCAGAGACAAGUUCGAAAGUGACGCCAUGACCAUCAAAGUCAACAGAUGAGAUUAUCUUCGUUCCUUCUCUGUGCCUCUCAGCCGAUGAUCACUCUUUUGUCACUGGCUCUGCUGGUUCCCAUCCCAGUGGCACACGGGCACCCCCACUUCCCCCUUGCCAUCUUGCCCACAUUGGAGAACCCUGAGUGGGAGGCUGACUUACUCCAGCUCCAGGCCUCCCUCGAUGUCCCAGGGGCUGUAGCUGCGGCGGGCCUCCGCUCUUGGGGACCGCUGCUGGAGCUGGGACCAGAGGACCCACGUCUGGGCCUGCUCAGGGAGCUGAUGGCAGAGAAUGGCUGGGGACAGAAGGGCAUGAUGAGGGGGGAUCUGGAGAGGAGGUCGCUGGGUCCCUUCCCCGGCCACCCUAUGGAAACUCUGCACUACCAAGAGGGGGAAGAGGAAGGCGAGGGGGGAAGAAAGAGGAAUGAGGCUAUCACGUCCAUCAUCGGCGGGCUGCAGGCUUUCAAUAAAGAGAAAGGAGGCUUUGGGUUCCGGAAGGAAGUAACAAAGGAGGGAGGGGUCGGGAAAAAGAGGAGGCGCUCGGACUUCUGGAGUUUGGGGAACUUGGAAAAGCGUAAGGUAGAGGAUGAAGAUGAUGAAGGGAGGGAUGAGUUGACAGUAGAGAUGUACUGAUUGACACCUAUGUCAGAGCAAUCAAUCAUUACAUUAUGAUGAGAUGUGUAUCAUCAGAGAAAAAGAGAAAGUUUACCAAGUGGUCAGAAAAUGUCUGUUAAUGUAAAAUACAAAGUCUCAUAAUUGUUACAUAAUACAAUGAUUGAGGUUAUGUGAAUGUUUAUUUUAUGUUGUCCAUGAUUUAAGCUAUCCAUUCCAACCUACAAUGAAAAAUCACAGUAUUUUGAUAGCGUUUUUAUAUUUUAUUUAAAAUUAAUUGCAUUACAAUAACAAAUGAACAUAGGAUAUCACUACAAGUAUAUUUUCUCAUAAGAAACAUACAAUAACAUUAAAGUAAAGCAAAUAAAUAAAAAUCACUUCACAUGAAUUGUUAGUGACAACAGUUUCAAAAGUGUAAGCACCUCAAAUAAAAUAAAGAUAAGGGGUUUCA